AUGCAUCGACCGCGGUACUCCGACUGGGUCGUGUGUCUUUCGUGUGGCUCGACGUCUGCCUUGGACAUCGCCUAUCGGAUCUUCUGUAACCGAGGAAAUACUGUUCUCACUGAGUGCUACACCUACCCUGGCGCUGUGGAAGGAGCAGGUCUGCAGGGCACCCGAGUGCAGGCAGUGGCCGUGGAUGCAGAAGGACUGCGCCCGGAUGUCUUGGACGAGAUAUUACAAAACUGGGACACCUCGGCUUCUUCCAAGCCCCGUAUCUAUCGAAUUGCGGAAACGCACGACCUGAUUAUCAUCGAAGAUGACCCAUAUUACUCUCGGCGUCUGGGCAUGCAGUUUGACGACGAGCUCAAUGGGCAGGGUAAUGGAGGUGAUAGCGUGCUCACCGCCAUCGACAGGUUUCAGGCGAAAGCAGUCCCAUCCUCUCUCUCGAUCGAUCGAUCUGGUCGCGUUGUCUGCCUAGAUUCAACAUCCAAGAUCCCGGCCCCUGGUCUUCGUGCUGGGGAGGUGACUACCUCAUCGCAGGUCAUUCGCAAAUUCGUGGCAUACCAGGAGGUCUCGACGCUGGGGAUCGAUGGGCCGAUCCAGCUCAUGCUUUGGCAGUUGCUCGAUAAGACGUGGGGUCACGAAGGCUUUUUGUUGUGGUUGUCGAAUCUCUCACGGCAGUACCAGUUACGUCGCGAUAUUCUGUUGCGGGCUUGUGAAAAGUAUCUCCCUCGCGGAUUUGGGUCCUGGAAUUGUCCCCAGUAUGGGAUGUUUCUCUGGCUGCAGCUCGAUCAUCGCCAGCAUCCUCUGCUUCGCUACCAGACGACAACUGACUUCAGUGUGGAGGCUUUUCUGGCUGAGAUGGAGAUUUGGAUCGUGUCGAGGGCUCUGGAGCAUGGAGUGCAGGUCACGAAAGGGUCAUUGUUCUCUCCUAGCCCGAAGCGCCAGGGUAUGCUCUGCAUCCGAUUGACGUCUGCGGCUGCACUGGCGAAGGAUUUGAGCGCAGGUGUCAAGCUUUUGUCAGAUGUAUUGCGGGAGGAGUUUGCCUUAGAAGCCCAUAUGGUGUAG